AAGAAAAAAGAAAAGCAAAUAACCCCUUUCUUUUUGUUCUUCUCCAAGUCCUCCUGCACCCCUAACUGCUUGUCCCUUUUGCUCCUCCGACUUUUUUAUUUUCUUUAUCCCAAUCUCUCCCCCCAGUUAUGGUUCUGAUAGAUUUUCAGAAAGAUCGAGACUUAGCAGGAAACUCCGCCAUUGACGUUCUUUCUGAAAAUUACUAACCUAGACCACCAAAUAUGCUUAACGUAUAUUAUAAACAUUUGUUUUCUCUUUGAUGUUGUUUGUUCCGCAAGCUCAAACUCGUUCUUCCUCGCUGCUGGAAUCCGAUAAAUCAAGAAGCUUACCAACUUUGGUCUUGUUUUAGAUUCCUCAUCUGUUUCUCCCCAAAGUUCAUGGAAAACAUGGCCUGAAUCUGGACACACAAAAGUAAAAGAAAUCUUUGAUGGCAGAGGACAUUAGUGAGGGUAGUUUUGUUUUUAGAGCAUUUCACUUGAACAUGUAAUUUAUUUGUGUUAUCGAUAUUAUUGAAAUUUUUUCUGACUUUUGUUUUGUGGAUGGUGCAAAAUGAAAAAGGUUUUUCAGCUUUUUGUGUUUGGGGUUUUCGCUGGUUUGAAGAUGCUGAAAUGGUGGCAACGACGAUGGUGGGCACUAAGCAGGGAGAGAAAUGUGAAAUUAAGGGCAAAUAUGGAAAUGCAAAUACUUUUUAACUUUUCUAGCUAUGCGCAAGCGGGAUUCGAAAUGAAGGAGGUGUUUUUACAUAUUAAAUUGAUCGAGCAAGCGUCAGUAGAGGACCAACCAGCGAUUAUGAUUGAAGAGGUGUUUGAUGAUGACGUGGCUGGGGUUAUUUUCAAGCUUACAUUUGCUUGUAACUGUUCCAUUUCGUGGCCUGCAAUGUCUGGGGCGCUUGACAGUGCUUCCAUUUGUUGUAAAAAGAUACAGAUCUUCGAAAAGAAAAGUUUUACAUUGGGGGUUGUGAUGCUUUUGGUUCAAUCUGGAGGAGAAAGAAUGUUUAGGAGUAGGAUUGAAAAUGCGAUCAAAUCAGCUGUUAAGAAGCCGAAAUCUACUUCUAUGAAGCUACCCUUUGGGCUUUGUGGAUGUCAAGAGGAGAACACAAGAAGGAGAGAGUUAGGAGAGAUUGAAGAGGAUAAUGGGCAGGUUAAUUACAGAAAUGGGUUUGAGAAUUUGAGCUCAGAAGUUCAAUUGCAAAUUCCUUUACCCGAUGAAACAUUUACUGUGUCAGUUGAUGAAUGGCAGACAGUGCAAUCUUGUGGAGAUGAGAUUGGAAGGUGGUUGUUGAGCUCGGAUAAUCUCGAGUUUGCUGAUCAGAUUGGACCUAAUACAUUUAGAGGGGCAUACAAGGGCAAAAAGGUUGGAAUUGAGAAACUAAAGGGAUGUGAUAAGGGCAAUGCCUAUGAAUUUGAGCUUCGAAAAGAUUUGUUGGAGUUGAUGACUUGUGGGCACAAGGGUAUAUUGCAACUUUUUGGUGUUUGCAUUGACGAAAAUCAUGGGUUGUGCGUUGUGACUAAGUUGAUGGAAGGUGGAUCGGUUCAUGACUUAUUGCUCAAGAAGAAGAAACUCCAGACUAAAGAGAUAAUGAGGAUUGCCAUUGACAUAGCUGAGGGAAUUAAGUUCAUGAAUGAUCAUGGAAUUGCAUAUAGAGAUCUUAAUACACAGAGGAUCUUGUUAGACAAACAGGGGAAUGCUUGCUUAGGCGAUAUGGGUAUUCUUGCUGCUUGCAAUAGUGUUGGUGAAGCCAUGGAGUACGAAACAGAUGGUUAUAGGUGGCUAGCUCCCGAGAUCAUCGCAGGUGAUCCAGAAAGUGUUACAGAGACAUGGAUGAGUAAUGUGUAUAGUUUUGGAAUGAUCAUAUGGGAAAUGGUGACUGGUGAGGUAGCAUAUUCUGCUUACUCACCAGUACAGGCUGCGGUUGGAAUUGCUGCUUGUGGGCUUAGACCUGAAAUUCCAAAGGAUUGCCCCCAAAUCCUGACAUCUCUUAUGAUAAAGUGUUGGAACAAUUGCCCUUCAAAACGUCCUCAGUUCUCUGAAAUUCUGUCAACAUUGAUCCGAUCCGGCAGUAGUAGCGGUAAGAAUCUUAGGUAAUAAAAUUAUUAUCCCAUAGUUCUGAUGCAAAUGAGUUUAAUAGAGGCGAUAAAAUAGAGAAGAUGCCCAAAAUCCCAGAUGUACAUCUGUGAAAUCAACUUUUGUUUAGUGCAAUCCAAAUUAAAGCCUUCUCCUUUUUUGGGAUGUUUUUCCAGCUUAUAUGAAAUAUUUUGUGGUUAACACAUUGUGUACCCUCCUAGUAUGCUCAUUCUUAGGGACUGAGCCUUCUGGUAAUGUAUGCAUUAUGAUUAAAAAACUAGGGAAAGCAGAAAAAGACAAAUAGGAGAAAAAAGAUUGAGGCAUGACGGAACAACAUGGAGUAAUUUGAAGGGCUUUUGUGUUCAGCUGUUCUUUUAUGUUUUUAUGGUGGCUAGCAGAGGGUCCCAAUUAGGGUCCUUUGGUUUUUGGUUUCUCACCAGGUAAGUGGAAUAUACGACAUGAACCAUUCCUGUAUAUAGGUAAAGUUGUACAUAUCAAUUCAAUGUUCCAACUUUUGAAAGCAAUUUCAAAUGGAUUUAAAUGCAAGAUGUUGACUCCUGAAUCCAUUACUGUUCUGUUCUUUCUGGCUGUAUUGUUACAGUUUAGAACUUUCUAACUCUUACGCUAAGUACCACAUGGUUAUAGACAAAUUUGU